AUGAUUAUUAACAACUCUCAUAGAUGUUUUCGAAUUCUUUUCAAUCAAUAUGCAAAGAAAAGAUAUUCCUUCAAAGUAUCAAAUUUUAUAAGAAAUUCAUCAUCGAUAACCUCACCGUUAAAUAAUAACGUUCAUGAAUUCAAAAAUACAAUCGUUCUUGAUCCACCUUCCUUUGUUCAAAAUGAACCUGGAAAACUUUUACCAAGCGCCUUUUCCGAAAAUCUUUCUCUUCUAUAUGCAUGUUUAAAGACUGGCGAUAUAGAGCGAGCAGAAAGAAUACUAAAUAUACUACACAAUUCUGGACCAAGGGAAAUGAAGCAUUACCUGGACAUAAGUGUUCAUAAUACAUUUAUCGAAGAAUUCAUAGAAUCAACUCCUACUCCAAGAUUAAAUCAAGCUUUAAUAUGGUUUGAUCGAUUGGAACGUUACGAUGUAAAACCAGAUUUAAAAACUUUUGCUAUAUUAGUUAAAGGUUACUUAAAGUUGGAUUUGGAUUUUGUUAGUUUCACAAUGCUUAAAGUUUUAAUUGAUGAAAUGGAACAGAAUGGUCACACUUUUGAGCAAUUAAUGAAUGCUCAAUUAUUGUCUGAAAAAGAUAUCAUCAAAGUUUUGCAGGUACUCAUUGAAAAGGUCGAGGACGCGAUUGAUAAACAAGAAAUUCCUCAAAAAAUUGAAGAUGAUGUGGUAAAAUCAACAAAAUCAGAUCCUCCAAUUGGUGUAGAACUAUUAAGAAAUACUCUUUCCGCACUUCAACAUGAUAAUUUAAAUUUAUAUGAACAGCAAAUGAAAUUGGAAGAAAACGCAAUUCAAGCUGCUAUUGAACGUUGGAAACACGACACAGAUGCACUUCUUAAACACGACGAUAAAUUACUUUUAAAAAGAAACAGUCCACUGAAAAAAGUUAUGUGGGAGUGGCAUGAAAAAUUGGAACCAUUAAUUAAUGAAGAAAUAAAAAGAUGUAAAAAUCCAAAGAUUUUAGCUAAAGAUGUUGAUCGCAAACUCUACGGUCCGUUUCUUCAACUAUUAAGUGCUGAUAAACUUUCAGCAAUAACAAUUUUAGAAUUUGUGCGUAAUCAAAGUACUGGCGGCGUUAUUCAAGGAAUGAAAACUACUCGCCUGAUAAUAUCAAUUGGUAAAUCAAUCGAAAAUGAAUAUAAUGCUGAACAAAUGAAAAAGAGGAAAAAUAGAAUGAUGAUUCAAAAAAAAUUGAACGUUCAUGAACUUUAUUCAUCUGGAAAACUGUUUAAUAUGGCAGUUCGUAAAGUUACGGCGAAAAUUGAAAGAGAAAAUUCUAAUUCUGAGUGGCAACCUGAAUGGCCGACACCUGUUAAAGCAAAGAUCGGCUCACUUCUGGCAUCAAUGUUACUAGAUUGUGCAAAAUUAAAAGUCUUUGCACCUGAUGUUAAACUAGUUCAAGAAGUACCUGCUUUUUACCAUACAUAUGAAAUGCAAAAAGGAAAAAUAAUUGGAAUAAUUCAAUACAACCCUCAACUUGUAAAAUUCCUAUCAUCUAAUUCUGUAGUUGAAACUUUAACGCCUCGUUUGUUACCUAUGCUGGUUCAUCCUAUGCCAUGGUUAAAUUAUAAUAGUGGCGGUUAUUUAAUGUCACCAACUAUUGCAAUGCGAAUUAAAGAAUGUCCAGAACAAUUAGCCUAUUUAAAAAAGGCUUCAGAUGAAGAUUAUCUUGGUCGUGUAUUUGCAGGAUUAGAUGUACUUGGUUCAACCAAAUGGGCUAUUAAUAAAAAAGUAUAUGAAGUAGUUUUAGAAGUUUGGAAUAGUGGAAAAGCUAUUGCUGAUAUUCCUCCGUCCAAUUUAGAUUUAACAACUCCAGAAAAGCCAGAAGAUUUUCUUAUAAAUAUAGCCACAAGAAAAAAAUGGUAUCGUGAAUGUGAAGAAAUCCAAAACAAGAUUCAUUUUCGAGGUCGUGCAUAUCCAAUACCAACACAUUUAAAUCAUUUAGGUGAUGAUUUAUGUCGUGGUUUAUUGCUAUUUGAUGAAGCUAAACCGAUAGGUAAAUCUGGUCUUAAAUGGUUAAAGAUUCAGAUAGCCAAUUUAGCUGGACAUGAUAAAGCUUCAUUUGAUGAACGAUUAAAGUUCACGGAAGAUAAACUAGAACUCAUAAUGGAUUCAGCAGACAAACCCCUUACGGGGAAAUGUUGGUGGCAAACAACAGAAGAUCCUUGGCAGUGUCUAUCAGCAUGUAUGGAAUUAACGAAUGCACUUCGAUCUAAAGAUCCAGAAACUUAUGUUUCAAGAAUUCCCAUUCAUCAGGAUGGGACAUGUAAUGGAUUACAACAUUAUGCGGCUUUGGGUGGUGAUUUAGAAGGUGCUAAACAAGUAAACUUGGAUCCGUCUGAUAAACCAUGUGAUAUUUACACAGGAAUUGCAGAAAAGGUUCAAAAGUUGAUAAAGAAAGAUAUAGAAAAUGGUAACAAAAAUGCUACAAUUUUAGAUGGCAAGAUAACACGUAAAGUUGUGAAACAAACUGUAAUGACAAGUGUUUACGGUGUGACGUUUGUUGGAGCUCGAUUACAAAUAGAAAAUCAGCUCAAGGAAAUCAAAGAACUUUCCCGCCUUCCUACCACAGAAAUACGUGAAUUAUCAAAGUAUGUCACUCAUCACGUAUUUAGUUGUUUAGGAGAAAUGUUUCAUAAAGCUAGAUUAAUUCAAAAUUGGCUGAAUGAAAGUGCCAAAAGAAUAUCUAAAAGUGUUCCACCAAAUGUGGGAAGUAUUGUCAAAUUAUCACCCAGUAAGCCCGGAAAAGAUCAAAUGACAGCAGUUGUAUGGACUACACCAUUAGAUUUGCCCAUUGUACAACCAUAUAGAAAAUUAGGAAGUAAAACAAUUAAAACAAAUCUUCAAAAUAUUAGUAUUGAAGAUCCUGAUGUUGCUAGUCCAGUAAACAGUCUUAAACAACGUGCGGCAUUUCCACCAAAUUUCAUCCAUUCACUUGAUGCAACACAUAUGUUAAUGACAUCGUUAGAAUGUAAAGAACAACAACUGACAUUUGCAUCAGUACAUGACAGUUAUUGGACUCAUGCUUGUGAUGUCGAAAGGAUGAAUUUAAUAAUUCGUGAUCAAUUUAUCAAGCUUCACGAACAACCUAUUAUGGAAAACCUUCGCAAAGAAUUUAUGGAAAGAUAUAAAGGCUAUAAGGUGCCUGUUAAAUUGCCUACAGAUAAAUAUUAUGAACUACUUCGUAAAAAAGUAGGAGAAAUCCCUUCACCAGCUGAUGAUGGAUACGAAACUAUUUUAAAUUUAGAAGAUAUCUUGGACAUUACUGAUAAUUUUCAAUUCGGAGAACCUACCGGACUGCUCAAAGAAUUUGACAAUAAAGAAUUGGCUGAAUUAUCAUCAGAAAAUAUUAAGGAUGCAUUUGCAGAAAUAUCUUAUGACUUGGAAAACGAUAUCGACGAUCCAUCAAAGCAUUUGGAAAGUGAAGAAACAUCAGAGAUUAUAAAUGACAAAAAACCAAAAUCAAAAUAUGUUUAUAAAUGGUUUGAUAUAGCAUUUCCAUCCUUACCUGAAAAAGGAAAUUUCGAUGUUAUUAAAGUGAAAGAAAAUGCAGAGGAUCUUAACACUUUUAACACAAGACUUGAUGAAAUCGAACAAGUUCUUGGACGCUAUCACAAUAAUUUUGGUAGAAUCGCCACCGAAUUUGAAUCAAUUAACGGAUCUAUCACAACAAUGCAAAAUGAAAUUGAUCAACGUUCUGCAAUUAUUCAAAGAAUUGAAUCUGAUUGA